CUAUGGGAGACAGCAAAAAUUGAGAGUGAUGGUAAACUUGGGUGUGUGUUUCUGCAAAUUGCAAAAUCACAUCGUGGGGACGUGGCGUAAAUUAAAUUUUGUUUAUGCAUGCAUGUGAUUUCAACCACUCCCUUUUCCGACACUUUUAAACUUAAACCCUACUUCAUUUGGGUAUCAUCCCUAUAAAUAGCUGUCGUUUCUUGGAUUCAGUGCACUCACAAGUCAGAAACAUUCUAAACAUCAUGGCAACUCACAAAGUUCUCAGUUUUGUCUUCUUUGUUUUAUUGGGCAUAACAAUAUGUUGUGAAUGCAGAUCACUCCUCACUUUUGGAGGAGGAGGCUACAACGAAGGUUCGGGUGGUGUUACAGGAGGGGGUGGCUUUGGCCAUGGUAUUGGUGGUGGUUAUGGAGCUGGUGGUGGAGCUGGUUAUGGCCACGGUGGCGGUGAAGGCGCCGGGGGUGGUUACGGUGGAGGAGGCUAUGGAAGCGGUGGAGGUGCAGGAGCCGGAGGUGGUUAUGGUGGAGGAGGCUAUGGAAAAGGUGGCGGUGCAGGAGCUGGGGGUGGUUAUGGUGGGGGAGGUGAGGGAGGAGGUGGCUAUGGAAAGGGAGGUGGUGCUGGAGGUGGAGGUGGUUAUGGAAAGGGUGGCGGUGCAGGAGCAGGGGGUGGUUAUGGUGGAGGAGGUGAAGGUGGAGGAGGCUAUGGAAAGGGUGGCGGUGCUGGAGCCGGAGGUGGUGAAGGUGGAGGCUAUGGGAAGGGUGGCGGUGCUGGAGCCGGAGGUGGUUACGGUGGAGGAGGUGAGGGUGGUGGAGGCUAUGGGAAGGGGGGUGGUGUAGGUGGUGGAGGUGGAUAUGGUGGUGGAGCCGGUGGUGGUACUGGUGGAGGCGGUUAUGGAGCUGGUGGUGGAUAUGGAGCUGGAGGUGGACAUGGAGGAGGUGCUGGAGGAGGUUAUGGAGGAGGAGGAGCUAGUGGAGGUGGAUAUGGCAGUGGUGGAGGAGCAGGUGGUGGAUACGGAGGUGGCUAUGGAGGUGGAGCUGGUGGUGGCUAUGGAGGUGGCGCUGGUGGUGGUUCAGGCUAUGGUGGUGGACAUGCACGUUGAGAAGCAAUGCGUGCAUUUUAUAUCUACGUUUUGUUAGGGUGCUUCCCAACAAUAAGUAUUAUCUAAGCAUCUGCUUAUUUGCCAGUUUAAUUCAGACUUUCAUGGAUUUCAGCUCUGAAGAGUUUUAAGUGUUUUGGUUAUUCAGCUGUUCCCUUGGCUGCUGAAUGUAACCGCACUUCAUUUUAAAUAUGUAUCCCUUGUUCAUGUUUCCAAAAAAAUAACAAUAAUAAAAAUAAGUACCCCUUGUUUAAUCUAGUACAUCUUCUCUCUUAUGUUUGCUGAUUAAUUACCCGGUAUAACUCAAGAAGUUGAACUUGGAUAUAUAUACACAUUUCACUUU